AUUUACUUCAAUCUGUGAAAUCAGAGGUUCAGUCGAAUGAUGAUCUCGUCGCAACUCUGGAUAGCUGUGGGAAUACUUGCCUGGAUAUAUAUUCUGUGGAGCCGGCGGAGAUUCUACCUGCUGAUGCUAAGGGUGAAGGGUCCUGCAGGAUAUCCCUUGCUCGGCAUAUCCAUUAAGUAUCUAUGGAAAAAACGUAAUAUGGCCUUACGCGGUAAUAUAUUCGAGAAAUAUGGACCCACCUUCCUCACGUGGCUGGGCCCAGUGCCAGUGCUAACGACAUGUGAGCCAAAUGUUGUCCAGGAUAUUCUAUUGUCUCCCCAUUGCAUGGACAAGAGCCAGGCUGCCUGCAAUGCAGUAACAAAGACUGCCGGUGCGGGAAAUCUAGCGUUACGGGGGUCACAAUGGGUUGAGCGUCGCAAGCAGAUGAAUCCUUCAUUCAGGCACAAUGUCCUCAUGAGCUUCCUUCCGAUCUUCAAUGGGGAGGCGAAAAGCUUAUUAUCCUUGUUGGACACUUUUGUGGGUCAGGGUGAAAGGGAAAUAUUGCCGGACUUGCUAAACUGGUCCUUCAGAGUAGCCAGUCAAACAACACUGGGCAGCAAUGUGAAGGAGAAUCCAAACUUCAUAAAUGGGACACUAAUAAAAAACUUCAACACUAUUUUUGAGCUUACAACACUGUCGGUCGUAUUGCCGUGGAUCCAGAACAGAACUAUCGCAACGCUGCUUGGAAUUGAAAAGAAAAUAACAGAAGCGAAGUUGUUGAUGGAUGAACUAUUGAGACCCAUAAUUGAGGAAAAGAUGAAGAAUACGCCAGAUGAAAGCCAAGAAUCCUUGGCGAGCAGAAACACGGUGAUCAAUCGGGUUGUGGAGUUCCUAAAAAGCGGAGAACUUUCCUACAACGAUGCCAAGGGCGAGUGCGGUAUUAUCGUUGCCGCUGGCUUCGAGACAACCGGCAUAACAGUCUUUAGCACUCUCACUUUUUUGGCCAUGUUUCCCGAGUAUCAAGAGGCCGUCUUUGAGGAGCUGAAAGAUGUCUUUCCAAGUGUAGGAGACUUUGACGUCUCCUACGAAGACCUACAGAAACUGGUGAACUUGGAUCGUGUGUUGAAAGAGUCGAUGCGGUUAAUCCCAGCGGUUCCAUUGGUCCCACGGGAAACCUCGCACGACGUGCGGCUAUCCAAUGGCAUUGUAUUACCCAAAGGCUUGGCAGUGAGCGUCGACAUAUUCCACACGCACCGCAACAAGGAUGUCUGGGGCCCGGAGGCAGACAAGUUUAAUCCCGACAACUUUCUUCCCGAAAAUAUUUCGAAAAUUCAUCAAUAUGCUUUCAUUCCGUUCAGCAAGGGAAAGAGAAUUUGCAUUGGCUGGAAAUAUGCGGAAAUUAAUGUAAAGAUUGCCCUCUCAAAGAUUUUAAGGAACUUUAAGCUGAGUACAACCUUUCGUUCAGAGGAUUUUGUAUUCAUUGACAACAUUGGAAUGGAGUUUGGUAAGAAACCUCUUCUGGCACUACAGCGAAGGAGUCCACAAUAAA